UUUGGACGCGCAAAUAAUGUGUAUAUUGUCAAGCUUUAUCACGGAGUACCUAAUAUUUGGUUGGAUUCUACGUGUCGCCUACUGGUCGCGUAUGUGCAUCAAUGUGCAUACAUACGCCGCAACAUGGCUGCGCCAUUACUCCCAAAAAGAUAACACGAUGAAUAAAAAUACUCGUGAAACAACGCCAGGUGAUGGCUUACGAUCAUUACGGAGUACUACAUUAUUCCGUGCUGUUAAUUUCGAGUUAUAUGUUAAACCAAACAAAACCAUCAUGAUUCUUGGUAUCAUAGCAAUGUUAAGUUGCUCUGGAUAUAUAUUUUAUAUGAAUACUAAUGAAAAGAGGAACGAUUAUCAUAUUAUGGUUAAAUCAGACGAAACUGUGGAAUUAGUGAAAAAAGUGUCCAAGUGGACUGAUUAAUUAUUACUUUGGAGCAGGAUUUUUCAACCGGUGUGAUGCAAAGGAUCUCGAAGUAUUCCGAGAAAAUUUUAGAAAUGGUAAAAAAAGAUAAAGAAGAAAAUUUAGAAAUUAGUAAAGCUAGUG